GUGUGUGUGUGUGUGUGUGUAUGUGCGUAGCUGUCAGUCGGGGUCUUGUUUGUAGAAAAUCGCCCUCAAGCAGCAAAAGGCGAACGAAAGCAAGGAAGGCAGACAGGGCAGGCAGGCAGUGCGAGGAGCAAAAAGAAAAGAAACCAGCAACCAGCAAAGAACGUUCACCGAGCGAUUCACCGUCUCGGCAAGUCCGAAAAUAAAGACCGAAAAUUCCUGUGCCCAGCGACGAACGCGGCACGGUUGCAGCGCUCACCACCAGGUCCGGGGCCCGCAGUGUAGCAAAAGACACACAAAAAACCCCUUGUUCGGGAGUCGGAGGAGGCAAACAGUAAAAAACAAAAAAAAAAAAGCCUUCUCCUCGAUCGUGCACAAGGGGGUGGGACAGGCGCUGGUGGCUGGUGGGUGUCGAGGGGCAUCCUCGUGUGUCUCGAAAAAGUCGCGCGUGUUCUCGGGGAUUUUGUGUGCACGAAUGGUUGCACCCAGGGCCCGUUCGUCCGGCCUCGGAAACGCGCGUACGACAAUCGACGUCGCCGAGAAGGCAUUGACUUGCUUCCGCUGCAGUGCGCGAGGUCCCCGGGACGACUAGGACAGUAUUGCGUGUGUGUGCGUGCGUGUGCGUGUGUGUGUGUGCGUGUAAUAACAGUGCCUCCACCCCCCCGCAAGUGCAAGAGUGCCCUCGCGCCGCUCCAUUAGGAUAUGGCAUCGGUCGCUCGGAAGCUGCCAUCGAAACUAUAUGCUAUCCAAGCCCAUAGCAGCAAAGUAACAUGCCUGGAUAUUGGAGAGACGGGACGCGUGCUGGUCACCGGAGGGCAAGAUCGAAACAUAAAGCUAUGGACGUUCGGUGACGAGAAGUGUUUUAUGACCCUGCCCGGGCACAACUCGUCGAUCGAUUGCGUAAAGUUUGCCUACUCGGAUGACUUCGUCUACUCCGCGGACGAUACCGGCGUGAUCAAGCGCUGGAACCUGAACGCGUCCGACUCGAUCUCACUGUUCGGGCACAUGAAGAGUGUGCGGACGCUCGACUUCUACCCGUACAGCGACUCGUACCUGGUGUCCGGCAGCAACGACACGUCCAUCCGGCUGUGGGACGUGCGCGAGAAGGUGUGCAUCAAGCGGUACCGGGGCCACAUGUCGCACGUCAACUCGGUCAAAUUUUCGCCCGACGGCUCGUGGAUCGCUUCCGCCGGCGCUGAAGGAAGCGUCAUCAUAUGGGACAUUCGGAUGAGCAAGCUGUUCAUGGAGUUUACCGAGCGGCAGACACCGGCCACCUGCGUCAAGUACCAUCCGACCGAUCUGCUGAUGGCGGCGGGCCGCAGCGACGGCACCGUUGACCUGUACGAUCUCGAGAAGCGCCAGCUGAUCACGCAAACGCCCGGCGCGGGCGGCGGCGGGGGAGCAGGAGCGGGCGGAGGGAGUGGCGGAGGCGGCCAGCCGGUACGGUGCGUCACGUUCGACGAGAGCGGCAAGUGUCUGCUGGUCGGGACGGCCGCCGGCAUUACCGUGGUCGGGUGGGAACCGGACCGCGAGUACGACCGGAUCGACUCGAACUGGUGCCAGCUGGGCGACAUGAAGAUUGCCGGCACGAAGCUGCUGUUCGGCACGUACGAGGACGCGUCGGUCACGAUCCAUGCCGUGCCGCUCGGGCAGCUGCGCGCGUUCUACAACCCGCAGAACCCGCAGCCGCCCACGUUCACCCACAACCAGACGUCGCGCAAAAGCUUCAGCAGGGGCAGCGGCAAGGUGCGGCUGUCGAUCGGUGGCGGUGCGGGCGGUGGCCCAUCUGCCGGCCACUCCCCGGACGCGGGCCAGGACGGGGAGCUGGGCAGCGGCAACGGGGGCGGCAUGUCGCCCAACUUGAACAUCGAAAUGAUCGACGAGGAGGACGCAUCGUACGCCGGGGGCAGUGCGUUCGAGUUCGAUGUGCCGGCCGGCCACCCCAAAUGCUCGCUGGAAGCGAUGGGCAAUGGGGGCGGUGGCAGUGCCGUUGCCGCUGGGGGUGCGCCGGCCGUCCCUACCGGCAUGCCAGCAUUCCCGGCGGGACCGGGCGAGGGCGUGGGCGGCGGGCCGGCCGCCGUCCCGCUCGUUAACAGCCACUAUCUGGUGCGGGAAGAGAUGCACAUGUACAAUCUGAACACGCUCGACUACUACCCGCUGCCGAAGGGCCACGUGCCGGAGCCGGAAAAGGAAGACUUUCCGGUGAACAAUGCGCAGCCGCCGGAUUACGCACCCAAGAGCGCCACCCAGCCCGGAACGGCCGGGUACGUGAACGGGGGCAGCGCCGGUGGCGGCGGACCGGCCGCGGGCAAGGUCACUAGUCGGGUGAGCGCGUCCGGGCGCGCGUCCGCCAGCGGCGGAACGGACCAGCGCCGGCCGGGCAGCAUUCACGGCGGGGUGGGACACAGCCGCUCGGCCGGCAAUUUGGUGCGCCGGCUGGCCACCUCGAAAAGCACGCUCGAGCUAAACAAGCUCCCCUCGGACGAGACGUUCACGUUCAAAAAGCCGAUCAGCCGGGGCAGCUCCCCGAUCCGGCACCAGCAUGCGCACGCGCCGCCGUACCACGGGUCCGGCUCGAGCUCGAGCAAGAUACAGCGCAGCGAAAGCAGCGCCCUGAUUACGACCAAUGCGGCCGCCUCCCUGCGCAAUGGCGGCGGCGGGCCGGCACGGUCGCAGCACAACGCGAACGUGAAGGUGCAGAUCCUCACCAAGCCGGUACGGUCGAAGACGUCGCUCGAUAUUCGCCACCACGCUGGACGUACCACGGCGGCGGCUGCGUCAGGGGCUGGAGGCGCAGGAGCACCGUCCGGACCGGCGAGUGGACUUUACGGUCCGCAGCGCGGUGGUGGUGGUGGUGGAGCGAUUCACGGUGCCGGCGGUGGCAUCGACGCGCUGAUGAUGGACUACGGCAGUGCCAGUGGUAAUGUGAACGCGCUGAUGCUGGACCAAGCGACCGCCUCCGCCACCAUCCUGCGGUACGGCGGCGGGCACGAGAGCUCGAGCAUGGAGUACGAGAUACAGGUGUUGCGGAACGAGCACGACACGACGCUGCAGGCGCUCUGCAACCGUACCGCGCUGCUGUCCGCGAUCCGCAACUACACCAAGUCGGGCGACGUUACCGGCGCGCUCAAGGUGGCGGUGCGGAUGAACGAUCAGCACAUACUGGUCGACGUGCUGGGCGCGAUACUGGAGAAAACCUCGCAGUGGACGCUUGACAUGUGCGUGCUCUUACUGCCAAAGGUGUACGAUCUAUUACAAAGCGAGUAUAAGUUCCACUGCACCCGGGCCUGCGAUACGCUGCGCGUCAUCCUGUCCACCUUUCUGCCGGUGAUACGCGAAAACACCGACCCGUGGGGCGCCUGCACGAUCGGCGUGGACGUCAGCCGGGAGGAGCGGCAGAGCAAGUGUCUCGAGUGCAAGAACUGGCUGCUGCGGAUACGCUGCCUGCCGGAAAACCCCAAGAUGGGCAGCAACCUGCAGCAGCUCCAGAACAUGAUAGUGGACAUCUGAUAGACGGUGGUGGUGGUGGUGGCGGUGUCACCACUAGCCCCCUGCCACACGCCGUUUAUCUCUUCUACCCCUGCCAGCGCCCGAAAAGGAGCACCGUGCUAUGGAGCAGCAGCAGCAGCAGCGUGAUUAUCUCAUGACCGCAAAAUCGUUUAACAUUAUUUGCCGUCCUAGUGAUAGGGUUGAGUGUGUGUGCGCCCGUGUGUGUGUGUGAUGUGGUUUUGGACACUCACCAGCGCCAGGGUCAGGGCAGCCGAGACAGUGUGGUUCGUUUUUACGGCGCAAAAGCGCCUUCACGUUGGUGGAAACCUAUUUUAAACGCGAAAAAUUCAAGUAGCUGCGGCAAGCUUUCAAAAAGCGUCGUGCCUGUACGCUGCAUCGAUUGCAUCGUCCUAGAAAUUCCCCCCCUGCACCAUGAUGACACCAUGGUUCCAAUUUCCCUAAUUUUCAUUAGAAUUUCACUUUCAAGGCCGCUAGCCGUCUGGUUUUCUGUUUUUAAGUCUGUUUUUUCUUAUUUUGCUUGUUGUCCCUUACUUUACUAACUGUGUAUCCCCCCCCCCAUACUCCCUGUAUCACAAAAUCAAAAGCAAAAAAAAAAAGAAACGACUGUAAUUUAAACGUAAGGCUCCAAUUGCAUUUCGGCCGGCACUGCUCCGUUCCAUUAAAUCCCAUUCCCAUUUACAAUUAGAAUAAAGCGCUCGCAUUUUUGCUCUAUUUUCUUCUUCCUCCUACUACUAGUAGCGCGGGUGCGUGUGUGUGUGUGUGUGAUAGGUGGACACGUUUUCGAGUCGGCUCGCGCGUGUGUGUGUGUUUUUUUUUUGUUAAAUCCCACCCACUCCCACACCUCCUACAGCGAAGCAGCCAAGUUUGCUUUCGGUUCUGGCACUACUACCGCUACUCUAAUAAGACUGAUGAUCCCGUGUUUGCUGUGCUGGUGCUGCAGGCAGGAUGGUCGGGGUGGGGUGGGGUAGGGAAACGCUUUUUUUAAACUAUUGAUUGCUUGAAGCUGCACCUGAUGCAAACUAAUAAGAAUAAUAAAAGUAACAUUUAUAUUAAUAAUAAUAAAACGAUGAAGAAAGUAACACGUGCAGCGAGCGAGAGAGCUGCUAAAUAACGUUUUACGAUUCCUUGCGCUUGGCUGCCCUUGGUUGCCUUUGUUUAUUGUGCCGUUGUGAUGAGAGAGAGAGAGAGAGCGAGAGAGGGGGAAAGAAUGCGCAAUAUGGGCGGCAAAUAAAAGUGAAAAACAAACACAACCUAAUCAAACCGUGACUGUAAAGUAAUGUGUAUAAGUUAACAUUAACCGCGACAAAAACCGAUCGGCCACCACGAUCGACCACAGAAGGGAAAGCGAGAGCGAGAGAGCAUAUAUUUAAGUAGCGACAGCAGAAGGGCGAGCAUUUUAAUACGAGAAAGUUAUAAGAAAGAGAGAGAGCAAACAAAAAAAAAAAACAAUCGAAAACGAAAGCAUGAGCGUGUGCGUGUGUAGUGAUCGGCACUAACCAAAAAAUACUAGUUUUAUCUACCUUUUUUUUCGUUUGUUUGUUUUAAUAGCUGCAUGCCUAAAAAAACACAGUGUAGUCAUAUUAGGUACGGUUUUGCUGCGCGCGAAAGCGAGAGGAUCACGGUUGGCGGAGAAGAAGAUGAAAAAAGCACGUACCGCUAGAUAAUUAGACAAUAACACGGAGCAAACAGCAGUAGCGAGUAGUGUAACAUUACUAAACGAAUGCGCAGCGUAUGUUUUCUUUUCUCUUUAACAAAUGUGGUAAUCGUUGCGUUUAUUUUAAUCAUUUCUUCUUCUAAAGGUAGCAAGUGCAACCGUUUUGAGGCACACGACAACACACGAGUAAGCGGUGGGAAAGUAAAUGGUAGCAAAAAUAAGCAACACGUGGUUGUGUAAAGACAAGAUAAUCAGUUUUAUAAAAACACACAGACAGUCGAAGGAGGAGAGCUAGAAAGAGAGAGGGAGAGAGAGAGAGGGACAGAAUAGAACAAAUGGAGCGGUAGAAGCUCUCCAAACACACAAAUCGUCGUUAUUUGCAAACGUAGCUCUAGGUUGCUUCGUUUUUUUUUUAUACACCCAACUAACCCAAGGAGAAGAAGAGAAGAGGAAGCUGCUCCCUGCACACACCACCCAACCCACUGCACAAUGUGUGAGGGAUGUGGCGCACGACGGCGAUACACUAUAACGAACUUAUUGGCCUUAAAUAGACGUAUGUGUGUGUGUGUGUGCGUGUGGAUUUUGUACUAAACUGCUCAAUCAAAGGAAUACGACAAACAAAAGGUGUAUGUAAUACUCAACUGAGAUAUAAAAGAAAAAAAAACAUAUUCGAAAAACAGAAAAAUGUUCACACAAAACAAUAUCGUGCCCGGAAAAAGCUCGAACACGGGGAGAGGAGGGUUGGGUAGUUUUAGGAGAGAAAAAAAAAGAAAACAAUUAAACACACACACACAUACACAAACCAGUAGCAGUACCUUUUGAAGAGGUUUUUGAUGUAUAAAAUGUACAAAUCGCUUUAACAUAAACUUGCCUACACUGUAACAAUAAAAUUCAUAAAAUGAAGAGCAACAGUCCUAAAUAUUAUAAAAAAAAAGAGAAAACACGUAUACACACACACAUUUAUAUACGCAUCCAAAUGCGUUUGCCUUGUAGCAUGAAAUAGAGUUUUAAAAAAAACAACGAAACAUUAAACAAAAACAUAAAAAAAACAAGCAAAAACUCGCUCCACACCUACGCCCUCGCUCUAGUUUAGGCCCUCGUAUUGAUGGCUGAUUUUAAUCUGGCCUUAGUUUUAUUACAAAUCAAUUGCGCCGAAUGGAAUGAAACAAACAAAAAAAAAAAAAAACACAAAAA